GUCAUAGUCAUAGUUGCUUCUGACAUCAUGAUUGACGUUGGCGACAAUUGUUUUCUUAGCAACCGUGUAAUGGAAGAGGUAAUACAAAUGCCAAAUGAAAUAAAAGAAAGAGGUGAUUCAUUUCAUUUGUUUGACUGGGGUAAAAGUAAACGACAAAAGAAGCUGCAGCAAUGGGAAACCAUGGCUCGUCUGGCGCGCACUAUCGAGGAGCAGACAAAAUAUCUGCACGAUAUGUCGCAGGACAACCGGGAGCAUGCGCAGGCCCUGACAACGACUCGCGUGGAAAUAAACCACCUGUCCGAACGACGCCGAGAACUAGAAGCGGCUCUAUCCAAGACGCACGGCGAGCUUGCAGACACUCGGGAGCGGCUCGAAGGGUUGGAUAGGCGGCUGCUUGAGGCGAACAUGUUCCUGGUCAACAUGAAGACGACCCAAGAGACACUGACCAGCACGCUUGUUGAGCAGGAGGAGAUGAUCAAGGGCUUGCAGGCGGACGUUGUGGGCUUGACUGAGAAAAUGGUUGAGUUAAAGAAUGCAAAGGCGGCAGCAGACAAAGAUGACAAUGAUGCGAGCACGAGUCUGGCGUUUAAAGACAACGAGAUUGAAGAAUUGCAGGGGAAAAUACAGGCAUUGCACAAGGAAGCAGCGCAGUUUUUAGAUGAACUAGCGGACGAGCGUUCCAGGCGCUGUGAUAUGGACAUACAACUGGUCGCUAUGCAGCAUCUGGUUCGAGAGAUGCGCGCGCAGGCACAUAAAGCCCAGCAACAAUUGGAGAUCGAAAUAGAGUGUCUGAAAUUCAACGUUUUGUCUCUGACAAGAACAGUAAAAAAGAAGAUACGCGAGAUUGAUCAGUUGAACAGGGAUAAGCUAUUAAUAGUGUCUUACUAUACAAAACGUUUCGGAAAAGUAAACAACGUGGACCCACAAGACGAGCAAGACGUGAUGUCAAACGAAGAGCAUGAUAAGCUGGUCAUCAAGGUUCAGAAAAGAAUAAGUGUGUUACGUCUGGAGAGCGCCCUCUACCGACGCCGUCUGCUGAUAGACCAGCUCGUAAUUCUCCUGCAAACGUUCGACCCAAACUUCGAGCUUGACACGAACCCCUAUUACCGGUGUUACCUGACUGACGACGAGAUGCUUGUGCCUCAACUUCAGUACGAGGACAUGGUGGACAUAUACACCCGGCGCAAUGCCAAGGAUGACAGGUUUGACCCUGAAGACUCAUAUAGUGACACUGUUGUCAUGACAACCUCGAGUGAUACACGGAACAACAUGAUCCAGGAAUCAAAAGGAACAAACACCAAAAUUCUUUAUUUAAGGAGAAAUCUGUAAACUGCUGGUUUUAUUAAAAUAGCAUUGAAGCUUUAUUUCCAAAUAAAUCAAUUUUUUAAACAA